AUGAGCUCAAAGGUUGAAACGAAGAAUGUAGACACCUCUGACUUGUCUCAGAUCACGAUCGACAAGGAAGAGCCAGCCUGCUUCUUUGCAUUUUUAGUGCCCAAGAAAGCGCAUGUAAACUUCAAGGGGAAAGACGGUAUGCCGUACACGAUACGCAUGAAAUUACAAGACGUGCAGCAAGUGGAGCAAUAUCUACUGGAGGUCAUGGAGGACGAGCAAGACCGAGAUCUUUAUCGAUAA